UCUCUUGUUUUUUCCAAGGGUGGGAAAAUGAAACUGAAAGCUUCACCACACUGUUGUCUCUUUAAACACUCAAAACUUUUCUCUGCAUUACGAUGGAACCAGACCAGCCUGAGAGGAAACCGGAGCCUGGUGACUUGAUUGAGAUUGAUCGUGGGGCAUACCAGCACUGGGGCAUUUAUGUUGGAGAUGGCUAUAUCAUUCACCUGGUUUCAUCUGACUUUGCCCAAGCGGCUUCCAACAGCUUGGCGUGUAUGAUGGAAAACAAGGCAGUGGUGAAGAAAGAGAAGCUCAGUGAUGUAGCUGGCAAUGACAAGUACACCAUUAACAAUCAACUGGAUACAAAAUACAAGCCACAUCCUGUCGAUGAAAUUCUAAAGGAAGCAGAAAGCUUUGUGGGAAAGGAUCUGCCUUAUAGUGUGGUCUCGAAGAAUUGUGAACAUUUUGUAACAUGCUUGAGAUACGGGAAGCCUGAGUCUCAACAGGUCCAGAAAGCUGUGGAAGUGGGCAUAGGCAUGGGUGUUGCUGCACUUCUCGAGGUUGGAGGUCUUGCUGAGUUGACGUCCAGCAACAAAGAAAAGAAGCAAAAACAGUGAGACAUUAGAUGGGGAGUAGCUGUGAAGACAAACACCAGCAGGGUUUGGGGCUGGACCUAAAUCUUUAUUCCACUAAACAGCCAAUCAUUACCAUGAUCUAAUUCAGCAAUUCAGUUGGUACGUCUGGGUCCAUAAGCAAUUUUUAAAAUACUGAAUACCAGAAUGUUUCAUGAACUCAUUUUGCACGUAGCGAUGGUUUCAUCCUUCUGUUCAACAGUUAUUCUGUUCAGUAGUGUUGAGUCUGGAUCUAUAGUUUCUAAGCCAGCUUGUGUCUGAAGUAAAAAGUACAAAUAUCCAAUUUCAUAUAAGGAAAAAUGCUUAUUGAUAUUCUGCCACCAAGUAUAUCCUAUAACUUUUUUUAAGGCCUUAUACUGCCAAAAAAAGAUGGGUGCUGAUCUCACCAAAUAGCAACAAGUGUUUAACACAAGAUCAAUUUUCUUUUAAUUUUAGUUUAAAUUUAGUUUAAGUUAAAUAAUGGGAUUUGGAUAUUUUUUUUUUAUGUGGUUUAGGAUAUAUUAGGGUAUACAGAUGGCCAAUCUGGAGAUUUAAUACUGUGGUUCAGGAAUGUAAGGUAAGGUAUCAGUCUCUAAUGAAACCAUCAGAAAUCUAGAAUCUAGACUGUUACAAAAACAAAGUUGAUGUUUUAACCAUUGGUACAGCCUCUUCUAUUUCUGAUAAGUUGCUAAUUUAAGUGAAUUGUUGAAAUUAAUGUUCAGUAAGCUUGUAAUGUCAAAUGAAAUCCUUUUAUGAUCAAGUUUAUAUCUUGGUGCUAAUUCACUUUCAUACGUCCAAAUGUUCUUUAACAUGUCUGAAUAAAGUUUAUGUUUAGUUACACUGCUUGUCGAAUUGGUAUUCAAUUUCUGUAUCAGCAGUUCCAAGUGUCGUGCCGGCUGUAAGUCACAGUCACAAUCUACAGGCAUGUACUGUAUAUGGUGGACGUUGACAAAUGUUGUUAUGUGAGCUUUAUGAUUUCUGCCACAGAAGGGUCCACAACAUAAAAUCUAGUUAAGAAAAAUAAAUAAAAAACACGUGACCCAUCAUUUUUUAGACAAUUCAUUGGACAAUUCAGUGCAAAUUUAUUUUAAAUUAAAUAUACAGUUGAUUCAGGAUUUUGUCAGAAGGCCAAGAACUAUACACUUUUAAGAAAAGGCUGUUUAACUAACAGCCAACCAUGUUUCUAUUGCAACUAAUUGCUUCUAACACAACUUGUUACCAUAUUAGGAAAUUAUAAAGAGUUUUUUUUUUUUAUCCAGUGGCUGUAUUUCUGCUAUGGUAAAUAUAAUUAUAUCAAUU